GUUUCGCAUAACGCUCAAAGCAGCAGCAGAUUCGCCUAAUAUUAUCUAUCGCUGCAACGCCCACAACUGCAGGUAGCACUAUGCUCUCUACUGUUCCAACUUUCUUCUAAUUUGCAUGAUACCCCUUCUUUCCACUGCUUUCGCAAUGCCAAUCUCAGAGAUGAUCAUGCAUUGGCCUAAUUCCAGCCACAACGGCGAUACCAUUGACGUGAAGCUACCGCAGCUUAGCAAGGCAACAGCCACAGGGAUCUCAGUCGCAAUCGCGGGAAAUGUUCUUAUAUCGUUGGCUCUAAACUGUCAGAAACUGGCGCAUCUGCGUAUGGAGCGCGAGCGAGAAGCAAAGAGGGAAGCGGUUGAUGCUCUAGGCGAUCAUCCGCGUGCAAGCAGUACCGACAGAGGCUCGGACGAUAGUCAUUUCGCUAUACGACCGAAUGGAGCUGAACUCACAAGUACAGAAACGGAGCCUCUACUAGGGUCUCCUGCGUCCAAACAAAAUAGCGUCAAACGCGGUUCUGUUCAUAGGCGUCCUCUCCUGUCUACAGUAUGGGGUCGCGCUACAAGCGCUACACGCUCUGCAGACCGUACACACGUUGGUGCUAUACAUGCUGUAAUGCCGGUGGACGUGGUCAGGUUUAACGGCACAUCCAACUCUGAUGGUGAUAACUUCAAAUCAGGCGAGUUGGAAGAUGCUCAUGCAGGAAACGAAAGCGAUUAUUUGAAAUCGAAACUCUGGUGGAUGGGCUUCCUGUUGAUGAAUGUGGGAGAAGUGGGUAAUUUCAUCUCCUAUGCCUUCGCUCCUGCCUCUGUGGUUGCUCCCCUAGGAACUUUUGCCUUGAUUGCCAAUUGCGUGUUCGCCCCAUUAAUGCUCGGGGAACGGCUUCACAAGCUUGAUUUCUUUGGUAUCAUCAUUGCCAUCCUUGGUGCUGUGACUGUCGUUCUCUCAGCCAACCCAUCUGAAACCCGGCUUGACCCCGCAGGCCUCAUUGAGGCAAUAUCCAGACCCGCAUUUGUCGUCUAUGCUACCGUUUAUAUUGCGGGCAUUGUAAUACUCUCCGGGUUGUCUGAGAGUUCCAUUGGAAAGCGAUGGGUUUACGUUGACAUUGGCCUCUGCGCGUUCUUUGGUGGGUUCACUGUCUUAUCAACGAAGGCGAUAUCAACCCUACUCACUUUGGAAUGGUUCGAAAUAUUUACGGAGUGGAUCACUUAUCCUGUCCUCUCAGUGUUAAUUGGUACCGGUAUUGGUCAAAUACGAUAUCUCAAUCGUGCCCUUAUGCGAUUCGACAGCAAGAUUGUUGUUCCAACCCAAUUUGUCUUGUUCAACCUGUCAGCCAUUUUAGGCUCUGCUAUCCUCUAUGGUGACUUCGAGAAGGCGACUUUCCAUCAAAUUGUGACAUUUCUCUACGGCUGUGGAGCGACUUUCCUUGGCGUAUUCCUUAUCACAUGGACACCAAGAUCCGCUUCGUCAAAAGAAGAGGAACUCGAAGACUUAGAGGACGAAGAAGAGACUGCGGCCUCAACAAGUGAUACAAUGACAGACCCACGAAAUGUUCGAUUGGGUAGCAUAUCGCGUCACAAUCGCGCCAUUUUAGUGGUCCCAGAGGGUGCGACGCGAGCAUCUACUUCACCUAGCCUAGCUCGCAAGCAGAGCAUAGUCAGUAUGAUUGGUCUGUCUUCUGCGCAGCGUGCUCUGAUAGUCCACACACCACCCCAUGACACAUUCAUCCGACCGUUAUCCCCAGACAUCGAAAGUAAUCGUACUUCUCCAAUGCACUCACCAGAUACAUUUACGCGUCGACGAGCUGUAAGCUGGUUGGGAAAUGAAUCCAGGAUUGGGUCUGCGCGCGGAAGUCCUCGAAUACCACGAGCUCACUCGCGUUUGGCUUCCAGGGAAGUUAGCAGAGACCGUGAAGAAAAUACCAGUACUCCAGUCUGAGAUAGGUUUCAUACCCAAGGGAGCCUUUCCUACCUUUUAUAUUUCCUAGAACGCUACAUAAUGAUGAUACCGUUGUAGACCUUAGGACAAUUCCUGUAAUGUUGUACUUUAUUACUACUGAGUCAACGUAACAUCCUCUUCCAAACCUAGUUCGAUCAAUGAUCGUACUACGGUAGCGCUGAAGCUCUCCUACCCACUAGUAGCACUAUCGACAUGACAUCUAAACAAUACUGCACUAUUUAAUUCUGGCAGUGGUCCAUGUCUCUCUUAGUCUUUCAUGUAGGAAUGUGUCUUGCAUGUAAGUUCCCAGAAUCAACAUGCCUUUACCGUGUUGUCUUCGGC